AGCGGCUUCACUCGGAGCUCGUGUGUCUGAUGAAACAUCUCACGGAAUAAACUGACGUUCGAGUCCACGCUCUCGAGGUGUUCUUUAGGAGCGCUGCGCAAUGCAACGGAACCAGUAAUUCACCAGCGGCUCAUUCACUGCCCAGCAAAGCGACGUUAAUUAAAUCGCAUGGCCGGUUUCUGUACAAUGUGGGCGUAAAGAGUAGGACAGUCAUAAGAGAGCGAGGUCUUGUGGUGGAUAACUUCAACUUUAUACAGUGUAACAACUCACUGGAGUAUCGGAGCUCUUCAAGCUGUAGCUAUGGUGAACAGCCAGGUUGCAGGCGGCGCGUGUGCGUCCAGGUCGUGCGCGGGCUGUGGGGGUCGCAUCGCUGACCGUUUCCUGCUCUUCUCCAUGGAGCGCUACUGGCACACGCGCUGCCUCAAGUGCUCGUGCUGUCAGGCUCAGCUGGGAGAGAUCGGGACCACCUGCUACAGCAAAGGAGGCAUGAUCCUCUGCAGAACAGACUACAUCAGGUUGUUUGGGCACACAGGGGCUUGCAGUGCAUGUGGUCAGUCCAUUCCCGCCAGUGAAAUGGUCAUGCGGGCACAGGGCAGUGUCUACCACCUCAAGUGCUUCUCCUGUGCAACGUGCAGAAACCAGUUGGUCCCCGGUGACCGAUUCCACUAUGUAAACGGCACCAUAUUUUGCGAACACGACCGGCCAGGAGCUUCGCUUCUUAACACACACUUGCAGAGCAACCCAGUGCUACCCGACCAGAAAGUUUGCUGAAGGACUUCCCGUCUUCUUCGCCUCUUCCUCUCUCUCUGUUUACCCUCCAGUGUCCUUCUCAUCACAGCUCUUCACUAACAUCCUCCAGACACUCGAUGCACUUAUGUUUUUACCGCCUAAAUUCACAGACUUGAAUGAAAAAGUCUCCUCGAGAGAGAGAGAAAGAGAAAGAGAACGAGUUUGGGCUGAGAGCGACGGAAACAUUUCUUUAUAUCUGACUUGGUCUGAAACUGUGGUGGAUUCUGCAGUACCUCUCA